AUGGUGCCUGAAAAAUGGCUUCAAGCUCUCCUCUGGACAGGCAAAGAGGGUCAGCCUAGGGAAUACUACACUUUGGAUUCUAUCUUGUUCCUGCUCAAUAAUGUGCACCUUUCACAUCCUGUUUAUGUCCGUCGUGCUGCAACUGAAAACAUUCCAGUGGUAAGACGACCUGAUAGGAAAGACCUGCUAGCAUACCUAAAUGGRGAAACAUCAACCUCAUCCAGUAUAGAUAGAAGUGCUCCGCUUGAAAUUGGUCUUCAGCGAUCCACUCAAGUUAAAAGAGCAGCAGAUGAAAUAUUAGCAGAAGCAAAGAAACCAAGAAUAGAGGAUGAAGAGUGUGUGCGUCUCGAUAAGGAGCGGUUGGCAGCUCGGUUGGAAGGACAUAAAGAAGGUAUCGUGCAAACAGAGCAGAUCAGGUCCUUGUCUGAAGCCAUGUCUGUGGAAAAAAUUGCUGCUAUCAAAGCAAAAAUCAUGGCAAAGAAAAGAUCCACUAUCAAAACYGAUCUGGAUGAUGACAUAACUGCUCUUAAACAGAGAAGUUUUGUUGAUGCUGAGGUGGAUGUAACCAGGGAUAUCGUCAGCAGAGAGAGAGUAUGGAGGACAAGAACUACAAUCUUGCAAAGCACAGGCAAGAACUUUGCCAAGAAUAUUUUUGCAAUUCUUCAGUCGGUAAAAGCCAGAGAGGAGGGCCGUGCACCUGAGCAGAGACCGGCACCAAACACAGCACCCACGGAUCCCACUUUGAGAAAUAAGCAACCUAUUCCAGCUGCCUACAACAGAUAUGAUCAGGAAAGAUUCAAAGGAAAAGAGGAAACGGAAGGCUUUAAAAUUGAUACCAUGGGCACUUACCAUGGAAUGACUUUGAAGUCUGUAACGGAAGGUGCAUCUGCCCGAAAGACCCAGACUCCGGCAGCGCAGCCCGUCCCGCGGCCAGUUUCUCAAGCAAGACCACCUCCAAAUCAGAAAAAAGGAUCUCGAACUCCCAUAAUCAUUAUUCCAGCAGCCACCACCUCUUUAAUAACAAUGCUUAAUGCAAAGGACCUUCUGCAAGAUCUCAAGUUUGUACCGUCGGAUGAGAAGAAGAAACAAGGCUGUCAGCGAGAAAAUGAAACUCUAAUACAGAGAAGGAAGGACCAAAUUCAGCCGGGAGGAACGACUGUCAGCGUUACUGUACCGUAUCGAGUAGUAGACCAACCUCUGAAACUUAUGCCACAAGACUGGGAUCGUGUGGUGGCAGUGUUUGUCCAGGGGCCUGCUUGGCAAUUCAAAGGUUGGCCUUGGCUGUUGCCUGACGGAUCACCGGUUGAUAUCUUUGCAAAAAUUAAAGCUUUCCAUCUCAAGUACGACGAAGUGCGCCUGGAUCCCAAUGUACAGAAAUGGGAUGUAACAGUGUUAGAACUGAGCUACCACAAACGGCACUUGGACAGGCCUGUAUUUCUACGCUUCUGGGAAACCUUGGACAGGUAUAUGGUAAAGCACAAAUCUCACUUGAGAUUCUGAAUCCUUCGGCUGCCAUAUACUUACUGGAGUAUGGAUUGCGAAAAAUGGAAGAGGCUCCAGUUUGGAGACCAGGGCUCGCACUAUWGGAUUUGUCAAGAACUUUACAAAUGAAGAAGGGUCACAGUUUAAACUUUUUAUAAAAUCUUGUUUGGAUGCUUCAUGCUAUGGCAGGUUGAUACCUGUUGUUAUUCAGAAGCAAAGGGGUUUUGCUUAAAACUAUUUUUUUAAUAAUGUUAGCCUACUAGUCUGCAAUCCAAAUUGUAUAUUUUGAUAGCAGCAGUUUCUCCUCUGUUUUGUUAAAUUAGCCACAUUUUUAAAAAUGUGUUUUGUUCUUCUUUAGAAAAUAGGUUGCUCUUCAAUGCAGGUUACAAAGUGUGUGUGCGUGUGCGCAUGUGCGCACAUUUGUGUGUAUAUAUGUAUGUGUGUGUGUGUCUAUAUAUUAUAURUAUAUUAAAAAAUUAUAGACACACUUACGCACACAUAGAUGUUACCAAGGCUUUCUGAACCACUUAGCUUCUUAGCUUAGUUUUGGUUUCCUUUGCUUCUUGUUUCACUUACUGAGAAUAUUUUGUUGUGACUGAUACUGCAUUUUAGUCGAUAGGCCUUGCAAACUGAGCAAAGUGAAGAUCGUUUUGGAUUACUCAGUGUCAACCUGUAUAUGUAUAUUCUGUCAGUCUUUGUUGAAAAAGGGAUGAUGAAAAAUCAAGAACCACUUUUUUGGAUUUGUAAUGUCCCGAUUUACUAAAUCUUCAGACUUUAUUAUGAAUACCUUUCGAGUCAUGUUAACAUUAAAUCUUCAUUCUUCACACAGGUUGUUUUAUUUAAAUUGAAAGAGUGCAUGUGUACAUUCCCACUUAUCAAAUUACCUUUCUAUAUGAGUCUAAAUGUUACCCAGAUGAAACACUGAAUAGAAAUAGUUUGGAUUAUUUUUUCCUGGAAAAGCCACCAUGAGGAAUGAAUUCAACUUCUUUACAUUUAUACUUCUGAUAUCAUCUCCACCAUGUUUUUCUUAUGAUAAAAGUAGCCCAGACUAUAUCCAGGCAUUGUAAUUUGCUGAUCUGAGUGACUCAUUGGUGCUCCAACAUCCUUGCAUUAGAACAGAAAAGCAGACAGUUUACUGGUUACCAAAGAGCAGAUCUGCUCAUCUACAGUAUGAGCUAGAAAACCCUGGUAUUUAUAUGAAUUUUGAUAAUUGGGUGUCACAUAGCAGUCAAUAUACAGAAUGAUCAAAUACUUUAAUACCUGCAUGGAUAUUUCUGGGUUAGAAAAUACACAUUUAUAUUCCUGUUGUUGAAAAUCAAAACCAUGUUUUUUUAAUAUACUUUACAGUUAAGGCUUGACGGAAGUAAAAUGUUCUGUCUAUUCUUCUUUAGUAUUGCUUUUUAUUUGAUGUUACCUUCGAUUUUAAUAAACUGGAAGGCACAUCUCCUUCAGAGGCUUUCUAAAUGGUCUUAAACUUGAGGACUGUGAGUUAUGGGGGAUUUGGGUGAUAUAUUUUCAUCCCUGCUGUACCAAGACUACUGUUUUUAAAUUUAGUCAAUUGUCUUAACGGAGACUUAAAUAAGAAAAAGAGAAAGAAACAAAGAGAAGGAAAAAGAUCCAAAAGAAUAACCAAGAUUGGAAGAAGCUCACACUGGAUUUUUGAUUGAGUUCUGCAAAGUGACUGAGAGGCACUUUGAAGACUAAGACGACAGCAUCACAGGACGUGUUUAGUGUAUGUUAAAAGUUCCCAUAAUUCGUAACAGGAAUUUGGUCUGUGGAAAUGUUUGCUUGUUUUUGUUUUUCCCAGUACUUCAGCAUAUUAAAAAUGUAUCCAUGUACGUGUGAAUGAGCUACAACAUCCAGUGCUUUGUUUUAAGCUGGGCUGUAAUUAGAACAACUGUAAUUGGUAUCAACAUAAGUCACUAGCAUGAGGAAAUGUUGUAACAUUAUAUGUUUUUUUGGUUGUUAUUCUUUUUUCCACUUUAAAUAGCGUGGUAUCAUACCUGUGGUGCUGAAAUACUUCCAGGGAGAAAAGUAGUCUUUUUUUUUUCUUUCUUUAUUUCUUUUUUCCCCGAAUUAAUUGCUACUUUAUGUACAUGUUGUUUUACAGAAGCUGUUGUGGGGAAGAGCAAACUUGCAAAGGAAGUUUUGAAGGAAAGUGUGCUCUACACACACUACAAGAUAGAGACUAUUCAAUGUUCUUAAAAUAGGCAAAGUCCAGUUAUCUUUUUAUUUCCUACCUUUCACAUGUAUUUUAAGAGCAUAUGUAAUCCUAAAUCCAAUGAAUUGAGGAGACAACCUCAUUUAGAUACAAUCCUUCCAUAUGCUGGGAGUAACUCCCCUAAAACUCAUGAAUUUACAUGGAUGUGAAGCUGGCAGAAGAGCAAAAUCCAUGAAAUCUCUGCAUGAACUGGGACAUUUUCUAUGGAUUCAGCUCAAAUCUUUUCUGUAUAUGCAAAAAGUUUACAAGUUGGAAAAUGCUUAUUUGUGAAGGAAACGUCACCUGAUUGUGCAUCUUGGUUUUGUCAGUCAUAGAAACAGCAAUGUUUGUGAAAUGAGCCAUUUGGCAAUUGGGUUCCUGCUGACAUUAGUGGAAGCUGAUUUAGGGUUCAGAGCUAGUUUGGUCUCGGAAUUAGAUUGGAGACCUAGGAGAAGAGCUUUCCUGUUGCCUUCCUUGAAUAUCUGCACAGAGAUUAUGAAACUACUGGAUUUAAAUAUAUAGCUUUAUAGCAGCAUUUUGCAGCACAGCUGGGUUUUUACACACUAUGUUC